AACCAAGCUGUAUACUCCUUAUACAAGUUUAAAACGAAAGUAAAAAAAAAUGUUGAUUUUUAUGGAUAAUUGACAGGAAAUAAUCACAAAAGAUAUGACGACUGCCCAGGGACAGGACAUUAUUCGCUGUCAAUUGUGUUCUUACCCCGUGGAACACCACUGUAAUCUUUGUCAUAUUGACCUCUGUCCCUCAUGCAUACCAAAACAUAUGGCUGAUAAAUCAAGGAAACAUGAAGUUGUAGAAUACACUUCCAAAAAAGAACACACAUUUAUUAUUCCAUCAUGUCUUACACACAAGAAAUACCAAUGUGAGACGUAUUGCAAAGACUGUAAAAUACCAAUAUGUCUUCAGUGCCUCAUGGGUUCACAUAAAAAGCAUGAUUUUACUGAUAUCAAUGCUAUUCUCCAAGAACAUAAACAAAAACUUAUAUCUGACACAGAAGAACUGGAAAAUACAAUUGUUCCAAAAUACAGAAACAUCAAUCAAGGUACAACUGCUGAAUUUGACAAAGUACUUUCUGCCAUUAAAGAACAAGAACAUAGAAUCUGCAAAGCUGUACAGAGAAAAAGCACUCAGCUUACAGAACAAGUAAGCAGUCAAAAGAAAGAAGCUAUAAGAAAGAACAAAGAAAGCCAGUAUUCAGCACAAAAAGCUGCGAAAGAAAUCAAUCAAAUUGUUAAAGAAAAUAAAGAUAUUCUUAAGGGUAAUGAUGUCACAGCCAUACUUAACUAUCAAUCAAGGAACAAGGAUUUCCAAAAAGGCCCUCAAUUACCAAGUUUUUCUUCUCCAGAGUUACUCCCUGGUAUCAUAAAAGAAAACCAAAUUGCAGAAAUGUUUGGCUUUCUUCAGACUCGGGAUGAACAGCAGAAAAAGCAAAGACUGCUGAAAAUGAUGGAUGACCCUGUGGUACUAUACACAAUAGAAAGUCCUUAUGGACACCAUCGUAAUUUUUUUCAGAGAUUAGAUCGUCUGCCUCAGCUGUGGAGAGUGCAGUGUAUGGGGAAAAAUAAGAUCUUGACAAGUGGAAAUGACAGAACAAUCAAAGAGAUAGACAGGACUGGAUCUAUUCUACAAACUAUUCAUACUAAUGAAAAUGUAUGGGCAUUAACAAUUAAUGCAAAACUGGAAUCAGUGUUUACCUUAAGUAAUGUUUCUCAAAAACAAACAGACAUAUAUAUUUAUGAAAGGAACAAAGUUAAUGUAUUAUUAAGCACACUUGUCUGGUUUCCCGUUGGUCUACAUUAUACAGUAAAUGGAAAUCUACUGGUGAGUAUGCGAUCUACGGAUAUGAAGAUGAGUAGAGUGGUGAGAUACUCAGGGACCAAAGAGACACAGAUGAUUCAGUAUGAUACUCAAGGACAACCUCUGUUUUCUACUGAUGCUUUGAGUGUGCUUCUUCUGACUGAGAAUGGCAAUGAUGAUAUAUGUGUUGCUGAUUGUGCUGGGAAGGCAGUCAUUGUGGUGGAUUCAUCUGGGGGACUACGAUUCAAGUAUAAAGGCAAUAUCACUUUACAAUCAAAAUGCACAGAAUUUAAACCAUUUCACAUUGCGACUGAUGUCAUUACUCAAAUACUGAUAAGUGACGACCCAAACAUAGUCCACAUUAUAGACUGUGAUGGUAACUUUGUCCGCUAUAUAGACCAUCCGUGUAGUGGAGGACUCAGUAUUGAUACUGAUCACAAUCUUGUGACUGGAGACGAAUAUUCAGGAAUUAUUCAAAUGCAAGGCAAAGACUCCAGUAAAAAAUGA